CUCCAAGACUCUGGCUCCAGGAAGAAUAGUCCAAAUCGCAAUGUCAACAUUCCAAAAUAAUUUUUAGUAAAAGUAUACUUUAUCACAUUAUAUAAGUUGCCGAACUGAACCAUGUCAAGAUGAUGGCCUCUACAUUAGUUCUAACUGAGAAUAAUACUCUGGAAACAUCACUCAGACUCCGCCCAGGAUCACCAGAGACGCCGGAACAGAAUGAGCGGGAUACAGAGAUUGUGAUCCUUGAGGAUUGCUCGAGGAGUCUGGGCAUCAAGGUGAUCGGAGGCCGCAGUGACGAAUAUGACAGGUAUUUCGGGUUGUUCAUUAAAAGAGUUCUACCAGGUGGAUUAGCGGACACUGAUGGUCGCAUACAAGAAGGAGACCAGAUUCUGAGCGUGAACGAUGAGAGUCUUAGGAACACAACCAAUGACAAAGGUGUGGCGUUACUUAGGAAGGCAUCAGCAAGCAACUACAUGAAGUUAGUCCUGGCAAGGGAUGAAAAAGCAAGGCAAGAGUAUGCAGAUCUGUUAGAAAGCCAGCAUGGAAACAGCUAUUCGACGUCUGUCAGCGUCAUGUCAUCUAGAGCAAGUACACCUGCACUCAGUCUUCCUCAGGGCAAUUUACCGUGGUAUCCACAAGAUGCACUCCCUGCUGAUGACCAGUCCUCACAAGGGUCAAAUCGGUCUGGACAAUCUACACCACACUAUGAGGAGAACCAGAACUAUCAGGACCAGUAUUCAAGAGAGGACCCCAGCAUCCAAUCCUCCUACCCGCUGACCAUGUCUUCUGAAAGCCCCAAUAUAAUGACAGUGCCAAAAUAUGCCCCACCCCCUAUACCCCCGGCCAUGGGGAUACGAGCACAGCCUAAUAUGGUAUCCACACCACAUUAUAAUACUGAUGGGUAUGCCCAAGGUGCUUCCUCUAAUGGUGCCAGGAGAACUUCCGACCCUUCCACCCACACGUAUUCCAGUAUCACUCACCCCCUGAGUGAAAUGAGCAAUACCCUUGACCCCUCGCCUGUCAUGCCAGCGUCCCGGGGACAAUCUGGAGCUAUGACCUUGCCAGCACGGACGUCCAAACCGUCAAAAAUACACAGUGAUCUGAAGAAGGGAUCUGUUGAUCCGUAUUCCAAAUUCAAAGUGGAAAAGUUAGAAGUGGCACUGCACUACCUUGGGGUAGAUCCGUCCCCAGAGCAGCAACUAGAGUUACGGAGACAGUUGAAGAUCGAUGAGUCAGGGGCUGUCAACUAUCAACAUUUCGUCCAAGUUGCUCAGGAGGUUUUCAAAUACGAACUCAAAAAUAUGAAUAAUUCCCAAGGGGCAAUGUACAUCUCGGCACAAGACAUUACUGACUUCACAGAACCGCCGCAGUAUAACCCAGACUUCCACCAAUCAAAAUAUCUUCCACCGUAUGAUGAUGAUUCAGAACAAGUGAGACGAGAAAGGGACGAGUUACAACGGGAAAAUGAUCGGUUGCGGCUCCAGCUCCGUGAAAAAGAGCAGUCUUGUAGCCGCGCAGAAGAGGAACUGUUGAGAAUCCGUCGAGAUGCCCAAGGUGCCAUACAUGAGACUCGCUCACUGCGGAGUAAAAUCUACUUGGCACAACAAGCACAAAAGGCUGCCAUGAGCAUGGAACAUGAUUAUGAAGAAGUCGUGCGGUUGCUCGAGAGUGAGAUUGCAGAGCUCAAGAGUCAGCAAGCAAAACAAAUGUCCCAUCCACCCCAACAUUCCAAUGGAACCAGUGGGGAGAACCCAGAUGUCCAGAAAAAAAUACAGGUGUUAAAUGGCCAGAUCCGCAAGGCAGAGGUCGGCAAAAAAACAUAUGAAGUCGCGACAGAUAAACUUUUACAAUUUGCCCAGCUCGUCCAUUCCACGCUAAGCAGUCAGGAUACACCAGCCAGCAGCCUGACGAAAAGUGGCCCGACCAAACCGGGGCGACCACCAGGCUACUUAGAUAAACACAAAAAGAUGUCACCACAAGCUCUGGCUCAGGAAGCCAAGGAUGUGGUGAAGGCUGUCAACUCAUUAAUUGAGGCUGAUCCGUUACCCCACGGUUGGGAAGAAGCGUAUAGCCCUGAGGGUAUCAGAUAUUUCAUCAAGGAGGACCAGGAUGCCCUUUCCCCCCUUAGAUGCCCUAGUGAGUCAUGUGAACCAGACUACGACCUGGUCCCAUCCCGCCUCCCACGUGCAGCGCCUCCCCAGAGACGAGGAUUUCAAGAAACGCAUCCAGGAAACACAGACGUAGCACUGUACAGCGGCCUCGACUUGGGCAGACGCCAGUCAGAGGCUUGAUAUAACCAGAGACGUAGCACUGUACAGCGGCCUCGACUUGGGCAGACGCCAGUCAGAGGCUUGAUAUAACCAGAGACGUAGCACUGUACCGCGGCCUCGACUUGGGCAGACGCCAGUCAGAGGCUUGAUAUAACCAGAGACGUAGCACUGUACCGCGGCCUCGACUUGGGCAGACGCCAGUCAGAGGCUUGAUAUAACCAGAGACGUAGCACUGUACAGCGGCCUCGACUUGGGCAGACGCCAGUCAGAGGCUUGAUAUAACCAGAGACGUAGCACUGUACAGCGGCCUCGACUUGGGCAGACGCCAGUCAGAGGCUUGAUAUAACCAGAGACGUAGCACUGAACAGCAGCCUCGACUUGGGCAGACGCCAGUCAGAGGCUUGAUAUAACCAGAGACGUAGCACUGUACAGCGGCCUCGACUUGGGUAGACGCCAGUCAGAGGCUUGAUAUAACCAGAGGGAUGAGACACAUCAUGUUAUUGGAGGAUUUCAAAUAUUUUACAAAAAUCGAUUGAGGAUAUAAUGACUUAAGGGACCAUUUUAUAAAUCUGUACAUAAAUGUAUAUGUGAAUGACAGUCUAUGUUUUAAUUCUGUAGCAUAAAUGUGUAUAUAAUCCAAAAUCAAUGUACAAAGGUUAUCACUUCCCAAUUGUCAAAAAUCAUGUGCAAAAAUUAGCUUUGUUUAUCACUGUUGGCCUAAUUCUGGUUACAGUGGUAAGGUUGAUUGAUGUUAGGAGACAUUUGUAACGACUUCGAUGAUUUCUAGCAUUUCUGAUUUGAGUAUAUUUAUAAUUCUUUAGGCCUAUCUCAUUAUGUACCAGUAUUUACACAGAUCUACUUAGGGGUACUAUCGUCUAUUUGAACUCUUUCUACAUAGUGAUGGAAAACUCAGAUGUGUCAAUGUGAAUAAAGUUAUUUUGCUGAUAAUCCUUCUCAUAGUCCCAUGAUCUGACUCGUAACAAUCUCAUGUAAAAUUGACAAUUUCUCAUGCCUUCACCUCAAAAUAACCGUCCAAUCUGACUUCUCUGUGGCUUUCGGUUUCAUUUUAAUAAUUUGUUGAUUUUAAAUCAUGGCAUUUUAUCAAUGAACAUAAAUCAUCAAGAAACAAAUUACAGCUACAAAACUGUUGUUGUGGCUGGUCUUGGCUUGGGUAUGGGGAAUCAACACCCUGGAGUGACUUUCUGACUAGUGCAACCAAAACUGAACUGUUUCUAAACUUCGAAACCAUGUUGAUAUAAACCAGCUGAUACAAGUGUUGUCAACUUUAUAGGAAUCAUAAUUCUUUAAGUCUAUUUUGGGGUCAAACCAGGAAUUCUCUAAAAGAAUCCUCCCCUUUCCAAUGUCAAUUUACUUAGGAAUCUAUGCAUGAACCUUCCAUCCUCUGUUGAAAUAGUUUGCACUAUCUUUUAUAAUAAUCAUGUGUUCUUAUGAAUGCGAAAAUGUAUAGUCAUUUAUUUAUUUUAUAACUUUAUUUCUGUAAUUUUUGUACAGCUUACUCAAAUAUACAGAUUGUAAAGACCAAAGAAA